CGAAACAGCGGCAGACUGAUGUUCUUCUCGCCUGUCUCUCCACAAGCAGACGACAUUUUUUUUAACUUUUUAUCUAACAUUUUGAAUCACCGGGACUAGCACACGGAGCUUUUUCAUUUUUUUUGUAUCCGUCGCAGCCUCAGAGCACCUUGCCAUGAGCAUCACACGGCUGGAGACCUAAACAGUCGGGUCUGGAAGAGGGGAAGAUGCCUCAUGGACCGCUCCAUCACCGCCAGUGCGCCAGUUCAGGGCAUCCCAAACGCCGAAUAACAAAGAAAUGCCGAGGUUUAGCGCCAAAUGGAUGGUUGCGGUGGUGCUGAUUCUCCUGGUCAGCGGUGCUUUCUUCUUCUGCGAGUAUGUCAUCUACUACCCGACCAUCCUCAAGUGCGCCUGGCCGAAGAUCAACCAUGCCCGGGGCGGAGAGGGCAUCGACGGCCGGCCGAUGGACUCAACGGUCCGCGCUAUGGUGCUAUCGGACACCCACCUCCUCGGAGCCGUCGGGGGACAUUGGUUCGACAAGCUGAGGAGGGAAUGGCAGAUGGAGAGGGCUUUCCAGACCGCUUUGUGGCUGCUCAAGCCCGAAAUAGUGUUUAUUCUCGGGGAUAUCUUCGACGAAGGCAAAUGGAGCUCGCAGAAGCACUGGGAGGAUGACGUGCGCCGCUUCCACAGGAUGUUUAGACACUCAACUGACACAGAACUGGUUGUACUGGUUGGAAAUCAUGACAUCGGUUUCCAUUACGAGAUGGACUGGUUCAAGCUGCAGCGCUUCGAGAAGGUCUUCAACGCUUCCUCCACCAGGAUCGUCACCAAAAAGGGAGUCAACUUUCUGCUGGUGAACAGCGUGGCCCUGCACGGCGACGGCUGUCCCAUCUGCCAGUCGGUGGAGAAGGAGCUGAUCAAACUCUCCAGAGACCUCAACUGUUCUCUUCAGAACUCGCAGUCGGGCGGCGGAGUGACGGACAGUUGUGAAGGCGCACAGCUCUACCCUCCCACACCCCCCAUCAUGUUACAGCACUAUCCUCUGUACAGAGUGAGCGACGCCAGCUGCACAGGACUGGACGCUGCACCGCCUGAAGAGCGACACCUGCUGUUCAGAGAGAAGUAUGACGUGUUGUCUAAGGAGGCCUCGCAGCGGCUGCUGCAGUGGUUUAAGCCCCGCCUCAUCCUGAGUGGACACACCCACAGCGGAUGUGAGGUUCUCCAUGACAACAAGUACCCGGAAAUCAGCGUGCCGUCCUUCAGCUGGAGGAACAGAAACAACCCCAGCUUCAUCUUGGCCUCUGUGUCACCCGGCAGUUACGCUCUGUCCAAGUGCUUCCUGCCGGAGGAGAGCACGGUGAUCAGUGUUUACUGCUCGGCCGGCGCCUGCAUGCUGUUGCUGUUCCUGGCUCACUGUCUGUGGAUGAAAGGCCUGCUGCAGUGCCUCAGCCUCUGCCUGCUGGGGAAGCACAAGUCUCUGUGAACUACGUUACCCAGAGUGCACCAGGACGGAUCCAUGAGACUUGGUAAAUACUUGAUGCGAGGAUUUGCAAAUGUGACGUUCCUCUUCUGAACGUGUCAAAGAUAUGUUUGUACGACCUCGAUUUGUUUGUCCAAAUGUUUUUAACCACACUGUGAAAGACACAAAUAAGUUUUAAAUGUCCUAAAAGGACUCAGAGUUUAUCACUAUACCCUGUGACGACAAAGCAGACGUGGGACCAAAUUGUUGUUACAAAUCAUCACUGGUGUUUGUUUUACCUUCCUUGGGAGUGCCAGGCGGGUGGAGCUUUCAAUCACAGAAAAGUAACCGUCACUAAUUUCACAACAGUUUUCCUGUGACUGGCAGAGGUAUUAGAAAGUACACACGUGGCAUUAAAUAAGACAAAUCAAACAAUAAGUACAUAUGUAAAUACUUACUGUCCCUGGUCUGAUUUAAAGUCAGAUGUUGGUUUCUGUCUCUUCACUCUGAUGUUAACUGUGACCCGAUGUAAACACACUGAUCAUCUCACACUCUGAACACAGUGUGUUUUUGUUGUUAAUGUGAUAAUCCGUCCAGGGUCCUCGUUGUUUUUAUGAUGAAUAUCUCAAUAUAUUUAUUGCGGAUUUUCUGUGCCAAAUGUUAAGUGAGAGUUUUUGCCAAAUUAUUGAAACGUUUCUGAUGAACUGUACAUAAUAAAUCAGAAUCUUAAACUGUU